UAGUGUUCAAUCGCUAUCAUAACUCGCCACGAUCUCGUUCUGUACCACGGUACAGCUUUCACGAUAAACUAAAUCACCUCUACUUCAGGACGCACACCAAGAUCUCCACAAUGGCAACCUUCGAUGCCCAGGAAAUCAAAGAAAUGAUCGAGCGCUUUCGAGUUCUGAUCGUAGGGAGAGCAAAUGCAGGCAAAACGACCAUCCUUCAGAAUGUCUGUAACACUACGGAUGAACCAGAAAUUUACGAUGUCGAAGGAAAUAAGAUCGAUGCCGACGUUGUGAAAUCCUCGAUCAAGCGCGGAGAUCAUGACAUCGCAAACGAGAUGGUAUUCAAAAGCAAUCCCGGUUUUGUCUUUCACGACUCGUGUGGUUUUGAAGCGGGUUCUAAAGAAGAGUUCGAGAACAUGAAGACAUUUAUCUCAGAACGAGUACACACGACGAAAUUGAAGGAGCGAAUCCAUACCAUCUGGUAUUGUAUACCAAUGGAUGAGCCGUGUCGAACAUUCCAGCUGUCAGAGGAGAAGUUCUUUAUGGAAUGCGACACUGGGCAUGUUCCCGUGAUUGCGGUGUUCACCAAGUUUGAAACGCUCGAAGAGGAUUACACAACGCGUCGAAGUGCUGUUCACUCAGACAGGUGUCUGUGAUAGAUUAUGCGACUCUCAAAACCGUACCCGUCCCAAGUUCUAUGUGCGCUUGGAGAAUAUGAACAAGCCCAACGCAAACUGUAACACUCUACUAGAACGCACCGCUUUCGCACUGGAUAAUGAAGAAUUACGGUUUUGCU